GCUCGACUCCCGGGAAGGCCGACUGGUCGCUGAUAUAAGCCUUGGUGCUCCGGUGACCUCGUCAUUCUCACAAGACCCAGCGGUCCCCAGGGUAGGAUACUAUUCCAGACAUGUUUUCGUUGAUAAUACUGAGUUUGGCGGCUGUGGCGCAGCUGACCAGCGGAUACCCCUUCGAGGUUCCGACGGCUGCCUGUGUCGACAUGACGCCCAAGGGCCCCGGCCACAACAACGCUGCCCCUCAGAACUCCAAGGUGCCCUUCGACUUCGCCCUGCAGAAGAACUCCAUUUCGAACUCCGAGACCGUGGAGUUCAGCAUCAACCAGAAGCCUGGAGGUCCCACGUUCGCCGGAUUCAUGGUGCAGGCCCGUGCCGGCAACUCCCCAACUCCCAUCGGCACCUUCCAGCCCAAGGGCGACAACGCCAGGACCGUCACUUGUUCUGCAGAGAAUGAUACAGGAUCUCACAACAGCCCGGACUCAAAGACCAGCACCACCCUGAUCUGGACACCCCCCACCAACUUCAAGGGAUCUGUCACCUUUUAUGCCACAGUUGCAGAAACCAAACUGAAGUUCUGGACUCGCCAGAAGGCAGCAACUUUGACUGUUAAAUAGACAAACCAAAAAUAGCUUGUAGGAAAUAUAUUAGAAGAGGCAGUGUCCUUUUAAAGCCAAGGUUGUAGUUCAAGAUAUGAAAACUCAAAAUGGUGCUAAUUCUGUCUGUGAUAGUUAGUUUUUUUUUACAAGAUUGGAGAUGCUGGAAUGGCUCUUUUUCUAAUUAUUUAGAAUUGAUAUAUUGUGUUAAGUAGGAAGUUAUAAUAUUUGACUCAACAUUAUAUGUGAAAAGAACAAUCAACUGCUGGCUGUAUCUAAAAGAAAUAAUAAAUGAUAAUAUUAAAGAAUA